CCACCCCACGUCCAUCCGCAUAUAAGCCCUCCCCGGCUCCAACCCUACUGCUCCUGUGUUUCCUCUCGCCGCCGCCGUCGCCUCCUCCUCUCCCGCCUGCGUCGCAUCGCCACCGCCUUCGCCAUGGGGAGACGACCUGCUAGGUGCUACCGCCAGAUAAAAAACAAGCCAUACCCCAAGUCAAGGUACUGUCGUGGUGUACCUGACCCGAAGAUCAGGAUCUAUGAUGUUGGGAUGAAGAAGAAGGGAGUGGAUGAGUUCCCCUCCUGCGUCCACCUGGUCAGCUGGGAAAAGGAGAAUGUCUCUAGCGAGGCUCUUGAGGCUGCCCGUAUUGCUUGCAACAAGUACAUGACGAAGAAUGCUGGAAAGGAUGCGUUCCACCUGAGGGUCAGGGUCCAUCCAUACCAUGUCCUUCGUAUCAACAAGAUGCUUUCAUGUGCCGGGGCUGAUAGGCUCCAGACUGGAAUGAGGGGUGCUUUUGGGAAGCCUCUGGGUACCUGUGCUCGUGUGGACAUUGGCCAAGUACUCCUAUCUGUGCGCUGCAAGGAGAGCAAUGCUGUUCAUGCUGAUGAAGCCCUCCGCCGUGCCAAGUUCAAGUUCCCUGGCCGUCAAAAGAUCAUUUGCAGCAGGAAGUGGGGCUUUACCAAGUUCAACAAGGCUGAUUACAUCAAGUACAAGAGUGAGGGAAGAAUCGUGCCUGAUGGUGUCAAUGCUAAGCUGCUUGGUGUCCAUGGCCCCAUUGCUAAACGGCGCCCCUGGGCAGGCGAUCCUGGCUUGAGGCAGUUGAAGCAUGCACAGACCAUUUCCUUCGCUAGAUGGAACUCAUGAGUUUUGUUUUUGCUUUAGCCAGUAUAUUUCCCCAUGCUUGAACGAGUGUUAAGUAAAGAUGGCAGCUGGCUGCAGUAUAAUCUACUUCUGUAGUUCUUUACUGUAGACCGUUUCUCAUGGUGGAGGUUGACAUAUCUGCAGUUGUCCUGUUUUAGCACUUUCUUGAGAUUGUUAUCUACAAGUGCUGGAAUUUUCUGGAUCAUCUAUGAAUGAUGUAUAACUUUUGCCUAUGC